AUGCCGCUGCCGUGCCGGGGCUGGACGCUGGCGUUGCUCACGCUGCUCGUCGGCUUCCUCAUCUUCGCCGAUAUCUCCGAGAUCGAGGAGGAGAGCGGGAGUUCUGGAGGCAGAGGUACAAUCAGAUCAGCUGUGAACAGCUUACAUAGCAAAUCUAAUAGAGCUGAAGUAGUAAUAAAUGAUUCUUCGUCUCCAGCUGUUGUUGACAGAAGUAAUGAAAGCAUUAAGCACAACAUUAAACCAGCCUCAUCCAAAUGGAGACACAACCAGACACUGUCUUUGAAGAUCAGGAAGCAGAUCCUGAAGUUCCUGGAUGCGGAGAAAGACAUUUCAGUGCUGAAGGGGACGCUGAAGCCAGGGGACAUCAUCCACUAUGUGUUUGACAGGGACAGCACCAUGAACGUCUCGCAGAACCUGUAUGAGCUGCUGCCCCGCACCUCGCCCCUCAAGGGCAAGCAGUUCCCCUCCUGUGCCAUCGUGGGCAACUCGGGAGUCCUGCUCAGCAGCGGCUGCGGCCCCGAGAUCGACGCACACAGCUUCGUGAUAAGGUGCAAUCUGGCCCCUGUCCAGGAGUACUCACAGGAUGUGGGCAUGAAGACAGACCUGGUGACCAUGAACCCCUCGGUCAUCCAACGGGCCUUUGAGGACCUGGUGAAUGAGACCUGGAGGGAGAAGCUGCUGCAACGUCUCCACAGCCUCAACGGCAGCAUCCUCUGGAUCCCGGCAUUCAUGGCCAAGGGGGGAAAGGAGCGAGUGGAGUGGGUGAAUGAGCUCAUUCUGAAGCACCACAUCAACGUCAGGACUGCCUACCCCUCGCUGCGCCUGCUGCACGCUGUCCGAGGGUACUGGCUGACAAACAAGGUGCACAUCAAGCGACCCACCACCGGCCUCCUCAUGUACACCUUAGCCACUCGCUUCUGCAACCAGAUCUAUCUCUACGGCUUCUGGCCCUUUCCCCUGGACCAGAACCAGAAUCCGGUCAAGUACCACUACUACGACAGCCUGAAGUACGGCUACACCUCGCAGGCCAGCCCGCACACCAUGCCCUUGGAGUUCAAAGCCUUAAAGACGCUGCAUCAGCAGGGAGCCUUGAAGCUGACAGUGGGGGAGUGCGAUGGGGCCACGUAGGGUGGUCCCCGGCCGCGUUCCUGCACAGCCACGGGAGGAGGGGGAGGGGGCGGAAAGGACGAGUGGUGCCUGGUGGGGUUGGUUGUCUUUGUUAACGCGCAGAACAGCGACACAAAUAUAUAUACGUGGUACCUAUAUAUAUUGACCUGAGUAUUAUAACUGUUUGGUGUUCACCAAGGAAGGGGCAGGAGAGAUGCGGGAGCAUCUGGCGUGACUGGCCUGGGCAAGGCCUCUUGCCGUGGGCUUGCUGGGCUCGGCAGGGCGUUUGCCCUGUGCCCGAAAGGUGUGAAGGUGGCCUUGGUUUUUGAGGGUAUGUUAGGUGAUGGGUAAACGUUAAGCCGUUUGUCGUGACUGGUCCAAGGUUGGUAGUUAGUUUGUCUGGCCAAGGACGCCGGUGCUGGCUCUCUGCAGCGAGCCACGUCCUUGGCCCCGUGCUCGUGGCGGGGAAGGGAAGGGGCAGGGAGUGGGGUGGGCAGGGAAGGUUUGUUGGUGGCUCUCACGGCCGAGGGGCCGGACCAGUCUCCGGCCCAGCAGCGCCCGACACCUGGCAGAGCCGCGCACGAAUCCAUCCAAAACACGGACCGUGGGGCUGAGAGCAGCCUUUGGACAGGUGAGGGAGAAGCCCUCAUCCCCGGGGGCUGGCGGGGAGCUGUGCUAAGCUGAUCCUGGUGACAUUUGCUCGGAGAGGAGAUGUGAGAGCCUCCAGUGAACAGGCGCAUCAGCAUUGAGCCGGGUGGAUGGUGAGGAGGAUGCUCAGCAUGUAUUUUCUCUUCCUUUCCUAAGGAGCAAUUUAGAAAGGAGCAAAGAUGCUGGAACGUGACAGGAAGGGGGUUUGCUGCCACAAACCACCGCCAUUAAUAUUAAGUGUCUGACUGUGCCACAGUUGCUCAACAUCUGUCAGGGCUCAUGAAAACCAUAAGUACAUCUAGCUCUUAAGGCCCAAGUGCUACUUGCUAAGCAGCCUGCCUUCCCUCCCCCUGGAAAAAUAACCACUGAAAUAUUGGUGGUAGGCCUGAGACCCAGCCAAGCAGAAAGACCACAGGACUUCAAGGGACUUUUAUCAAGUCUAAAUAAUGCAUUUUAACUUUCUCUGCAAAGAGCCAAUGUACUGCGCUGUGUUCUUGGAGUCCCUUUCCUUCAAGCUCCAAUUAGCUCUUUCUCUGAGCAGUUCAACAGGAUGUCAGAUGGAUCUGGAUGGGAUGCUUGCCUAGAGAAGAAUGUCAAAGAAAUAAUCUUUUCCCCUUUUUGUUUUUUACUUUACUUUCCAGAAGGAACCCAAAAUAUGAAGAGUUUUUGUAUGAGCGCAUUUGCUUUUGUCUUUAAGUUUUGUGGGUUUUGAGGGAAGCAACUAGAUUGAUCUGAUUAACCUGUGCAGUUGUUUUGCUUCUGUAGCCUACUCUGUCUCCUAAUUAGCACUCGGUGCCAGAAUGCAGGUGAGUCCUACAGUCAGUGACUGUAGUUCGGGUUUAAUUUGUGGGAGAGUAAAUUACAGAGGCAAGCCUCGGACACGUGCUGCGAUGCUUUCAUGGUGUCAGCACCUUUGUGCCUCCUCCUGCUGCUCUGGCUUUUUAAGUCAAAAAAAUUGUACAGUUUAGGGUUGAAAUACUUGGCAUUGUCUCUUUAAAAACCAAAUGCUUCAAGUGGUAGAGGAAGAGAUUUGCUUUCAUGUUUUGGGAUACAGAAGCUACUGUACCCGUAGGAGCCUCCAGCCUGCUAAUUAGUGUCAGAUGAAGAUGCCUAAGAUUAAGGUAUAAGCAACAUUAUAGUGGAUAAGUGUGGGCUAAUCUGCCACCGAGGAGAUGUUUGUUUCCAACUCUAGAAAAUUCCUUCUUUUCUGUAUUUUUUUCUAAACCUGGCUGCUUUUUCUCUUUGUUGUUGUUAUUUUUACUUGGGUUAAGUUGCACGGUAAAGCUAAACCUGGCUGUGUGAACCUCAGCUUAAGCUGUUGGGGUCUCCUGAGAUCAGAAGGGAGUAAACCUGCAAGAUGGAAGUAGUCUGCAAUCCCAAGGAGCUUCCCAUGAUUCAGGAGUGGUUGUUAAAGCUGGAUAACUCCCUGGUUUGUCUGAGGGACAGAGUAGGGAUGAGGCUGCAGGGACUGCUGAAGCCGACUGCUGUAUCGAGGGGCCUGGGCCACGGUACUGAUUGCUGUUAGCAAACCUUCUUUUUAAAUAAAAGUACAAGAAAUGGAAUAAAUGUGCAGGGGAGUUUA